CACGAGCGGCAGCCCCGUGAGUGUCGAGUCCCCCUCUCGCACCUGCCUCUCUCUCACCCACCAGGAUGACAAGCCCCGCCGUCCUCACGAUCUUCAAAGAUCCGGAGAAGCAAGAGGUUGAGAAGCAGCUCUCCCUCACCAAAAUCAAAGACAGUGGUUUCUCCCACAUCUUUCGCGGCCAAUACACCAAGGAGAACUGCCAAACACUCGACGCCGCCUUCAAAGUUGUGCUGAAGGAGAGCAGCAACCAGAUGUCAGCCCUUAUCGCCGAAAACAAGUGCCUGAUAGCGGCCGCCAAAACGCUGCGGGAGGCAGAAACAGCCGGCACGCUCUCCGCCGAUGAGUGGCCGUUUGUGAAGUCGGUUUGCUUCCGUGGCGGCAGGAAGCCUGCCAGCAUCACAACCACCAACGGGGAAGGGCAGCAGGAGACACAUGAUUGUCUCGUCCUCGUACUGCCAUGGUUGCAGAGUAAGACAUAGCGGAAAAAUCCGUCAUUCACGUCUCAACUGUCACUGAUCGGUGUGUCUUAUUUCAACGUGUGUUUUGCAGUCGGCGGCGAUGGAUUGGAUGGCACGUAUGUGGACAUCUACAACUUGGUCGCCCGCUUCAAUUUUGGCGCGAUAUACCGCCGCCACCGGCCUCCCCUCCCAGCCACUGACAUCGCAGCGAUCAAGAAAGACAUGAUUAUCGGGUUGCGAGGCGUAUACCACUUUGGGCUUGCCCAUUUGCGUGCCGCAACUGCGAUGAAAAGGCUGGGAAUCGACAACUUCACCAACGACGUCGAGAUCAAGUGCGACGCGCUGCUGCAGGGGCUUGAAGGGCAAGAAGCCGGCAGCACGGCCUCUCCACAACCGCCGUCGCCUCUGCCCUCUCCCCUCCCCGCCAUCCUCCCAUGCAGCGGCGCCACCUUCCUGGAUGUGGGGAGCAUGAUGCCAGGCGACGGUGACGAAGAGGGCGUCACUGUGAGGCUGCCACUGGAGUACGAGGAGCAGCUCAAGAGUCUGAAGAUACCUGCUUUUGCCUACAACUGCAUUGUGCCAGAGAUGGCGGUGGUGUUCAUGAGCGGGUGCAUCGAGGACACGACGGGCGAGAUAUGGCAGGAGAUGCUGGGCCUCAACCCAGCAGGGAGGGAGAGCGAGAAGGAGGAGAUCGAGCAGCUCAAGAGGCUGUAUUGGACAGCGGUGGAAAAGUUGGCGGGGCGAGGUGUUGUCGAGCUGGAGGAGGGACAGCCGAAGGCGAUUUAUCUGCGAGACACGGCGGUGACCUUUGCGCUUGGCCAGAUGCUGCGGCAUCUUGUGUCUGGGGACCCAUAUGAGGACAUCUAUGUCGAGCGCAUGAGGGAGGAGUGGGAGAAGAAGAAAGAGGAAAGCGCGUCCGCUGGCGAGGACAUGACAGUGGCCUACUCAUUCAAGAAGGUCAGAGAGGAGGUCAAGGGCGCCCUGAACUUCGAAAACCGGCGACAAUUCCUCUUCGACAGCGACAACGGCACAGCCACCCCCAAAUCUCUGCCAUGGAUGAUACCGCCUCUUGCUCUGCGAUCCGAAACUGACCUGACCUUCGCUCGCCCAAUUGGGCAAGAUCUAGGUCAACUUGCCUACGAGGCAUUGGACGCCGAGCCAUGGAAGCGCCCAUCAUUGGAGGCGUCAGUCAGGCGGAUCGGCAAUGUGCUGGAAAAAGCCAUUGGGGCUGAAGGGGCAGAGAAGCGGGAAGAAGAGGAGGUCUCAGCACUACCAGCCCCAACAGCCGACAAGGGCAGCCCCACGGCAGAUGCUGACACACCUUGCCAGUACCAGAAAGGACCACCUUCCGAAUCUCGGCACACAAGCAGAUGGCGGGGCCUCUGGAAGUGGAAUCCUUUUCGUGCAAAGAGUGAAGAGCAGAUGAAGUAUACGAUCAGUGAAGAGGAUGGCUGGACAGUGGUGGAGGAGUUCAAGAGCGAGUUGAAGGAGUGGGAGAUUGUGAACUUUGCUCUUGGGAGGGAUUUUUGAGGUGGUGGAGUGGUGGAGUCGUUUGGAUUGUCUGUCGUGUAUUGUGAGAGGAGAAUUCUUUGCUUGGUCUUGCCGCAGUGGCAUUCAGGGGCCGCCUGCUGCAUCAUCCGCUGAUGCAGCGCGUGAACUCUGAAUGGUCACUUGCGGCGGCUGGCUGGCUGGCCUUCCGACGGGCGCAUUGGUGACACACUCGGUCAUUGCGUGAACGGCGGAAAGGUCAGUCAGGCGGCGAGACAUGGGCUACAGGCAGACAGAUGGAGGAGGGAGGGAGGGAGGGAGGAAGGGAGGCAGUGGCUGUAGUGUGGGUGUGUGAGGGUGGAUAGUUGGACGCGGAAGGCGGAGGGUCGCCGCAUGGAGUCGUGCUGCCAGUGUCCUUCCACGGGGCGCUUUGUCGCAUCACUUGUUGUUGUGACGAGUGAACUUGGAUGGGCAUCGUGGCGGCUGGCUGCCUGGCCUUUCGAUGGGCGCUUGUGUGAUAUGCAACUAUCGCCGAGUGAACUUGAGAUGUGCCAGUCAGUCAGCUGGAUGUUCAGGAGAGACACAGACGGUUAUGGUAAGACAAAAAGACUGACACGACGUCGGAUGACCUAUUGUG